AUGUUCUUUACUUUCGUAUGGACUACGGUAACUAUAUUGAGCUCGGAAACAAAUACAAUAGACUCUUCUGAACCGUACCGUAAUGGUUUUGGAGAUACUUGCCGUGCUGGACAGGUAGGCUCUUGCGUUAGUAACAAGUGUAUCAACAUAGGAAGAUUCGCUAACGUUUGCACAGAGUGUCAGGGGGACAAGGUUCCUAUCAACGGUGUUUGUAGUGAUGGUUCUGGACGCGACCAGAACCCAGAUACCUCUAUGUGUGUGAAGGUGACUAAGAACGGGUCAUCAUACUGUACAGGCUGUAACGCAAAGUCUGCAAGUGACAAUACGUUCUUUCUUUUCUAUGGGGGAUGCUAUGAUACUAAGGAUUUCCCUGGAUCGAACAUUUGCUCUACGGCUAGCAACGGAGUUUGUUCAUCGUGCAAUCCCAAUAGUAGAUUUGUGUUUGUUAAUCCAAACAAUCAAGCACCUGAGAAGUGCAUCCUGUGCUCUGACAAUGUUGGAUUCAGUGGAAAUCAAGGUGUAGCAGGUUGUGCAGUGUGUCUCGAGGGCUCUUGGAAGCACGCACCAUUCCAGGACGCCGGUGUCCAGUGCACUGUUUGUUUCUUGAAAGAAUAUGCCCCCAUAGAUGGCUCGUGCAAGGAGUUUAACCCGCACAUCUGUAGCGAUGGAUAUUGCACAUACUGCUAUAAGACACACAUAUAUCACAAUGGCGGAUGCUACGAUAGAAAUCAGCAGUACAGUGCUUCAAUCUGCUCCCCAGAAAAUCAGUUUGUUCUUGGAGAUUAUACAGGUUGCAAAGAGUGUGCAAAUGAAAACGAAGUACCACGUGAGGGGGGCUGCAAGCGGACACUGAAUGUUGAUAAUUGUUCUAAGGACGCUGCGAAGGGUAUGUGUCUCGACUGCCGAAAGCAUAACCCUGGCACCACCGUCUUUCUAUACAUGGGAGGCUGCUACAACACCACUGAACGCAUGGGACAGCAGGUAUGUUCGUCAGCUUCAAACGGAGUCUGCACAACAUGCGCCAUCAGCGGGUGUACUAAGUGUGACCUUCAGUCGACCGUGAUUCAGUGUAACGACUGUGGGUCAGGCUAUCUCAGUUUGGAUAAGUCUAUGUGCCUCCAGUCGUGCCCAGCACCGAGUCAGCGGCCAGCAGCGGGCUCUCCCAACAAAUGCGAAUGCAGUGAUGGCUAUGUUUUUAAUCAAGUCAGUACAACGUGCGAUUCAGUAACUAAUUGCCCAGCUAGCGUCACCGGCUGUUCCACCUGUGAUAAUGCUGGCUUGUGCCUGACCUGUGUGUAUCCUGCGUACAGCAUUCAGCCAGAUAGGCGGUCGUGUUCCUUGGGAUGCCCAGACAAUUUUAUCGGAGUGGCUGGAGAAAUGUGCCGUUGCAAAGACGGAUACAUUUUGCAGGGGAGUACAUGCAUUGCCAUGUCCAAUAAGGCAGGCCUUGCUACUGGGUCAGUAGUCGCCAUAGUGGUCGUGGUCUUAGUUCUCUUGGUGGUUGCUGGUGUCCUUUGCUGGUUCUUCCUCAAGAAGAAGAAGGUAAUCAAGAAUAAGCCCACACACUCGCUAGAAAAUCUCGGUUUGGUAUCUGCUGUAGAUACGCUGUAA